ACAUAAUGCAGAGGCGGAGCUACAGAUCGGGCAGCGCGUGUCCCGUGACGUGCAACCGCGUCGGUAAACUUUAACGCGACUGUUGUCGGACUUUGGAGUUUCCAACAACCGCGAGCAGUAGAAGCGCCCUGUGGAGCACAGAAUAUACGUUUUCGAGGACAUGUUCAAGUGCGUACGUAUUAGUCUCAUACUCAAUCAGACCGCUGGGAAAAGGAUGUUGUCGCAAAGCAACCUUGCUGGAAAAGUCGCCAUAGUGACCGCAUCGACUGAUGGUAUCGGUCUGGCGGCGGCGCGCGCUUUAGGGCUGAGGGGGGCUCACGUGGUGGUGAGCAGCCGACGGAAGGACAACGUGGACAAGGCGGUGUCCCUGCUGCAGGGUGACAGCAUUCGGGUGACGGGCACGACAUGCAACGUAGGAAGGAGCGAGGACCGAGAAAGACUGGUGGACAUGACAGUCAAGCAGUGUGGUGGUGUAGACAUCCUGGUGUCCAAUGCUGCAGUCAAUCCCUUUUUUGGAAACAUCAUGGAUUCCACAGAGGAAGUGUGGGACAAGAUCCUGGAUGUAAAUGUGAAGUCAGCCUUUCUUCUGACCAAACUGGUGGUGCCUCAGAUGGAGAAGAGAGGGGGCGGGUCGAUAGUGUUCGUGUCUUCAGUUGCUGGUUACCAGCCCAUACAGGCCUUGGGACCCUACAGCGUGAGUAAGACCGCCCUUCUGGGACUGACCCGCGCUCUGGCCCCAGAACUCGCUCCCAGCAACAUCCGGGUAAACUGCGUCGCCCCGGGUGUCAUCAGAACACGCUUCAGUGCCGCGCUUUGGCAGAAUGAAGGCAUAAUGGACGAGUUUAAGAAACAACUGAGUAUCAAAAGGUUGGGUGAAACGGAGGAAGUGGGAGCAGUCAUUGCCUUCCUAUGUUCUGAGGAUGCCUCUUACGUCACUGGAGAGACCAUCACAGUCACUGGAGGAAUGAGCUGCAGACUGUGAAGCAACUCGAGCAGAAGCAGGACAAAGGAAGGCUGUCCCACCUUCACAUUCUAUCCACAUAGAGAUUCUCAGUGGUUUAGGGAUCAGUGUCCAUUACUGGAAGGGUGUGGGAUACAGUCCUGUGGCCAGCAAUGAGUUGUCCCAGGUAUGCUGACUGGCCUUGCUCUCUGAUCUUCACUCAUAUCUGCUAAAUAAAUGU